AUGUUCAGACUAAUAUACAAGAGAAACCAACUAAUCUCUGCUAAUGGUGUGUUACCAUUUUCGAGAGCAAUAAGUAAAAGACUGUUAUCUUCUACUGUUCCCCUAUUGCAAACAUCAAGUACAUCAUCAACAGAGAAUAAAUCAACUCAAAAAAGAACAGCACAAGAAAAGGUGAAUCGGUUUAUUUAUCAUGUCAAGGCAGGAACCAGGCUGUUACUUUCAUCUUGGUUGAUCAUCAUUGCAGGUGGGGCUACAGUAGUUACCACAUAUUUGGUUGCAACCGAGCUAUUUUCCCCCUCAGGAGAGACUUCAACUUUCAAUAGAGUUGUUAACCUCAUUGAAAAAGACGAAAAAGCUCUUAAGCUUUUAGGGUAUAGCGAUUCCGAAAUACAAGAAGGUGGUAUAAGGCUGAAAGCUUACGGAGGAAUUUCUCCGGAUGAAUGGACCAGGAAUAAAUCAAUUCAAGCUACCAAGUUCACCGGUAAAGAUGAAAAGGAACACAUGAUUAUGAGGUUUUUUGUGGAAAGCAGCAAGACUAUUGGUGUGGUAAAUUUAGAAGCUAUUGAAGAGAACUUCAUGGAACAGCAGUUGGUUUACGUAUCGGUUGAGGUUAAAGGAAAGGGCAAGUGUUAUUUAAUAGGUGGCCCUCAACUUUCAUAUGCCCAAAGGAAUUUGAACGUAUUUAGCUCCAAUGGAUUCUUAGGUGUUAAAUGGGGUAACUCAAAGAAAGAUUAA